AAUAAAACCUAUACUUUAUAUACAUUUGGUGUUUUGCUUUGUAAGGGUCUUUGCUUGAAAUUGUUUUCGUGAUAUUAUUAAAUUUGCUACACAAAAUAAUUAAUUGAUAAUCUCAAAUAUUUUCAUUAUUGAAAAAGUCAAGAAUAAUAAUAAAUCAUAUUUUAUAAAAGCCAAUCUAUAAAAUGAUACAAAACUUUGGGUAUUAUCUGUGAUGUCUACCCCGACUUUGGUGUCUCUCUGCGUUAUCCGGAUAGAAGUAAUUAAUACCCAACUAGAAGAAGCUGCCUGUGAAAUGGCCACGAAAAAAAUUCGAGGACGAAGAGAACCUCGAAAUAUUACUAUUGAAACAUAUCCGAAUGUUUCUGAAGGUUCUGUUUCAUUGCUGUCAUCAUUACCCAUAAGAUCCAAUAAAUCUAAUUCUGUAUCAAAAUCUAAUUCAGAAGAUUUGUCAUAUUCUAUUAAUGUUGUAUCGUCAAAUGGAACAGGAGAGGGAACUCAGUCAACUUUUUGUCCAACUGAGCCUAUAAAUUUUUUUUCUGGCAAUCGUUUUGUAGAAGUUACCCAAGGGAUUUUACAUUUAUAUAAAGAAGAUGAGUUGACAGAAAUGCAUCAUGCAGCUAACAGAAGUCAUACAGUCUGUAUUUUGUCAGUACCAGCGACAAUGACAUGUCAUGACUUAUUGACAUUUACCGCUGCUUGUCAUCAGGAUAUACAACAUUUUAGAAUCUUACAAGAUAAUAAUCCGAACCAGUAUAUGGCCCUCAUUACAAUGCGUUCCCCGGCUGCUGCUAAUCAAUUUUACGAAACGUAUAAUGGUGCUCCUUAUAACUCUCUGGAACCGGAUGUUGUUUGCCACAUGGUUUUUGUUUCAAGAGUCGAAGUAGCUGAUAACGGAAUGUCGCUGGCAGGACAUACGGAAUUACCAUCAUGUCCAGUUUGCUUAGAACGCAUGGAUGAAAGUGUCGAUGGAAUAUUAACGAUACUGUGUAACCAUACAUUUCACUCCAGCUGCCUAGUUAAAUGGGGAGAUACUUCUUGCCCCGUAUGUCGAUACGCCCAAACCCCGGAACCGCUAGAGGACAGUCAUUGUAUGGAGUGUGCUGGAAGCACAAGUAACGAUGCUCUGUGGAUCUGUUUAAUUUGCGGUCACAUUGGUUGCUCACGCUAUCAUCAAGGACAUGCAUUUGAACAUUAUCGGGAUACUCAUCACUGUUACGCGAUGCAGUUGGGCAAUAACCGAGUUUGGGAUUACGUCGGCGACAAUUUUGUCCAUCGUUUACUCCAAGACAAAGAUGGAAAGAUGGUCGAAGGAGGUCACGAGCCCAGUAAAGGCGAGGGAGCUGCGGUAGAUGAAAAAGUAGACGCUGUUCAAUUAGAAUUUACAUAUUUGCUUACUUCGCAAUUGGAAAAACAACGCGAAUAUUUCGAGGACCGUUUGAAUCGAGUCGAACAACGCUCGUUAUUAGAAAUCACAGAGCUAAAAGAAAAAUUUAAUCAAAUUUCGAAUGAAAACACUCAAAUAAAAGAAAAAGUCGUCGUUCUCACACGUGAAAAACAGAGUUUAGAAAAGAAAAUUCAAAAUUCUAGUACGAAAUUGAGUCAAGCUCAAGCUGAGUUAACAGAAGAAAAAGCAUUGCGACAUGCGCUUGAACAAAAUCAAUUUUCAUGGCAGUCUAAACAUAAACAAUUGCAGGAUGAAUUGACAGAGUAUAAGGGGGCUAAAGAAAGUGAAAUUAAAGAUAUGAAAGAACAAAUAAGGGAUUUGAUGUUCUUUUUUGAAGCGCAAAAGAAAAUUGAAAGUUCUACAGAUAGGGAUAAUAUUGCAGGUGGUACAAUUAUUAUACCUGAAGCUUCUACUACAACUAAUAAACCAUCGCGAUCACGUAAACAAAAUCGUAAACAUUAACAAGUACGAAAGUGUUAUAAACUUUGAAAUGUAUAUAUUUAAUAAUACGUUAUAAAUAUUUAUUAUUAUCACUAUUAUAUUUACUGUACAGUACUUCUAAUUUAUUAUUAAAUUUUUGAGUUAGAAAAAAAAAUUGGUAACUGGGGAAA